UUCAAACUUGAGAAGAAUGGGCCGGAAAGCUGGUGGGCUUUACAUAAAUCCUAAAAAAUUUGGCACCCUCCAGAAACCUUGCAUGAAGGAGAUGAUCACAUUUCUUAAUUGCCUCGCUCUUAACCAAAACAAUGAUGACAAGUGUGUCAGACACAAGGACCUUUUGAAUGCCUGCAUGGAUGCUCAGACUGGCAAAAAUAAACGGGGUUGGGGAAGCAUUAAUUAUCACCUGCAGAGGCUUAAUCGUGGGAGCAAGUAGUUUUGGUUUUAUGAUUAGAAUGUCAAUGUACCAUUCACCAAUUUGAUUAAUUUAUGUUUAUUCCUGAUGGAAUAUUUUAAACAUUUUCAAAUAGAUUGAAUGAAGUAGCCUGGUAAUACCUUUUGCAGGGGCAGUUUUACAAUAA